AUGAAAACAUGCUACUAUGAAUUAUUAGAAGUUUCAUCAACCGCCACGGAUUCCGAAUUGAAAAAAGCAUAUAGAAGGAAAGCAUUACAAUUACAUCCCGAUAAGAAUCCAGGAAACGUUGAAGAAGCCAACCAUAAAUUUUCCCUCGUUUCAGCAGCAUAUGAAGUACUUAGUGACCCACAAGAGCGUGCAUGGUACGACUCGCAUAAGCUGAGUAUUUUGAACGAUGAGGAUGUCGUUGAUGAUGGUGUAUCUCACAUCCCUUCAAUUUCAAGUGAAGAAAUUCUACGAUACUUUAACCCUAGCAUGUAUUCAACUAUUGACGACUCUAUCCUGGGGUUCUAUUCUAUUGUCAGUCGGAUCUUUGAACGAUUGGCUCGUGAAGAGAUUCAGCAUGGGAAAUAUCAAAAUUUGCAAGAAUUCAACAAAUAUAAAGAUGAUGACAAUAAUGUCUACACUAUAGAUUCGAGUUAUUUGAAAUACCCGUUAUUUGGCAAUAGUCAUGCUGAUUAUUUAUCAAUUAAGAAGUUUUAUCAAAUUUGGCUGAAUUUCACUACAUGUAAGCUGUUUAACUGGAAAUAUGAGUAUCGGUAUUCAGCAGCACAAGAUCGUCGUACACGAAGAUUGAUGGAACGGGAAAAUAAGAAAAUAAGUGAUGAAGCACGCAAAGAGUAUAAUGAGACUGUGCGGAAAUUCGUUGGAUUUAUCAAGAAACGAGAUCCAAGGGUCAAACUUGCUCAAGAAGAGUUUAAUAAACAACAACGUAAGAAACAAAUGGAGGAAAUGCAGCAACAAAUUCUCCGCCAGAGAUUAUUGAAACAGAAACUGAAAUUGAAUGGAGAUCAAGUAUAUCAAGAACAAAGUUGGCAGAAAUUGGAUCAAAGUGAAGUAGCUGAAUUAGAACAAAUGUUGGCUGAAGAGUAUAAUCUUAAUGAUGUUUCAUUGGGAGUAAACAAUGAUGUUAUUGGUGAAGAUGAGGAAGAGUUUAGUACCGAUUCAGAAUUUGCAAGUGAUGAUGAUAUUGGUGAUGCUGAUGGGGUGGAUGGUGAAAAUGGUGGAGUUGAAGAAGUUCACGAGUUUGAGUGUAUUGUUUGUGAUCGAAUCUUGAAGAAUGAACAACAGUUUAAGAUUCAUGAGGAGAGUAAAAAGCAUAAAAAGGCGGUUAGACAAAUGAAGUGGGAAAUGAAACAAGAAGGUAUUGAUUUAGGUAUUGAUGAAGAUGAUGAAGAUGAUGAUAAUGAGUUUGAGACCGCUGAAAGUGAAUUUGAGAACGAGAGUGAAGAUAGUGCUGAGGAGGACGAAGAUGAGGAAGAGGUCCAGAAAAAUGGAAUUGGCCAUUCCGGUGUAACCAAAGUAUACGAUGAUAAUACGGCGAACGAAAAGAUUGAAAAUGCAGAAGAGGAUAGUUCUAUUGUGUCAUUUGAGGAGAAGCUCAGAAGUAAUACUGAUACCAUGAAUGAGCUGAAGAAGAACAAUGUUGACGGCGCCACCCCAAAUACCGAAAAAUCCCCAUCUUCAUCAACUCCCAAGCUAUCCAAAGAAGAAAUCGAAAAGAAUAGACUUGAAGCCGACUUGGCCAGGCUUCUCAGCCAAUCAAAAUUGGACGAUUCUGAUGAUGAUUGGGAUACCGGUAUUAAAAAGACCAAGAAGAAGAAAAAGAAAGCACCGGCAAAGUCAAAGACAAAGCCUAGUUCGACGUCAUCACCUCAACCUGAGCAGCUUUCAAGUAAUACAUCGAACACAGAGACAUCGCCUGUGCCGCUUAGUGGCGGUGCUUCUGCUGCUGCCGGUGUUGACGCGGAACGGUGCGUUGUUUGUGGCCAGUCAUUCGGUUCACGUAAUCAGUUAUUUCAACAUGUCAAACUAGAAAAUCACGCCGUUGCUCCAUCUUUGGCGACUGCAUCAAAAUCAAAGAAGAAGAAAUCCAAACGUAAAUAG